AUGCUGCGCUCCCCGGUCCUGUGGCUGGUUUCAGCCACCUGUGCCCUGGCCUUGGCCUCUACAGAGCAGCCCGGCGACAGAGCCCCCGUCAGAGGCGCCCCCUACGGGCUGGAACCGGUGUGCGGAGCUCCUGGGGCCCCGGAGCCCCCCCUCUGCUUUGACCCCUGCCAGAACCACACCCGCCUGGACGACCCCUCCCGGAGCUCAGAGGUCACGGAGAGAGCCCAGAAGUGUGACCGGGAACUGCACGGCUGGUUUCGCUUCGUGGGCGAAGGCGGCACCAGGAUGCCGGAGACCUGUGUGCCCAUGCACAGGUGCCAGACGGACGCGCCCAUGUGGCUGCAGGGGGCCCACCCAGCCCCGGGGCAGGGCAUUGUCACCCGCACCGCCUGCGCCCACUGGUCCGGCAACUGCUGCUCCUGGAAGGCAGAGGUGCAAGUGGCGGCCUGCCCGGGGGGGUACCACGUGUACCGGCUGGAAGGCACCCCUUCCUGUAACCUGAGAUACUGCACCGACCCGGCCACAGCUGAGAAGGAGACCAGGUGCGAGCAGGCCUGCCGCCCGGAGGAGGAGUGCUCCUUCCUCAACGGCACCUGGGGCUGUGCCUGCCGACGGGACCUCAACAGCUCCGACAUCCACAGCUUGCAGCCGCAGCUGGACUGUGGGGCCAGGGACAUGAAGGUGCUGCUGGACCGGUGCCAGCUGGAAGGCCUGGGUUUUGGAGAGGAGGUCACUGCUUACCUGCGAGACCACAACUGCAGCAGCCUCACCCAUAGAGAGGAGGGGAACUGGAUCUCUGUGGUCAGCCCCGCACAGGCCAACGCCUGCGGGAACCUCCUGGAGAGAAACGAAACCCACGCCAUCUACAAAAACUCCCUGUCCCUGGUCGACGAGCUAAUCAUCAGAGACACCAAACUCAACAUCAACUUCCAGUGUGCCUACCCGCUGGACAUGAGGGUCAGUCUGCAGACUGCCCUGGAGCCCAUCAUGAGCUCCGUGAACAUCAGCCUGGCCGGCCAGGGGGAGUUCACCGUCGCCAUGGCCCUCUUCCGGGACCCCAACUACACACUGCCCUACGAGGGGCGGGUGGCCGUGCUGCCCGUGGAGGCCAUGCUGCACGUGGGCGCCCUGCUGGAGCGCGGGGAUGCCGCGCGGUUCCGGCUGCUGCUGCGGCACUGCUACGCCACCCCCACUGCCGACUGGGCUGACCCCCUCAAGCACUUCAUCAUCAGGAACAGCUGCCCAAACCAGCUCGAUGCCACCGUCUCUGUGGAGGAGAAUGGCGUGUCCGCCCAAGGCCGCUUCUCGGUCCAGAUGUUCAAGUUCGCAGGCAACUAUGACCAGGUCUUCCUGCACUGCGAGGUGCGCCUGUGCGACGCCCUGCAGGAGCAGUGCCAGCCGUUCUGCUCAAGAAGCCAGCUCCGUAGUGAAGCAGUGGCCAUCGACCCAGCCCUGAUCCUAGAUCUGGGACCCAUCACUCGGAAGAGUGCCCAGUCUCUUGGUGUCAUGAACGGGACCCCCGGCCCUGCAGGGCUCCUGGGGGCCGGGCCUGGGCUGCUCCUGCCUGUCCUCCUGGCCCGGCUCUUCUGA